AUGCCGUUCGCCCGGGCGCUCGAGCGCGGCGUCCUGACCUCCGCGCGCGCGAACGAUUGGGCCGAGAGCGAUGACGUCCUCGCUCGCGCACGACGGACGCUCGUCGAGCUGGGAGACGCCGCGCGAGAGGGUGCGACGGCGGCGAUCGAGCGCUUGCGUGAUGACGGAAAUGCCGUGCACGUUCGCGGUCGAUCUCGCGGGAUCGGUCCGGACAAGCGCGAGGUUUUGCGAUGCGACCCGCGACUCAGAGGGAAGUUUCUCGCGGCAAUGAUCCCCGGGGACAGCGCCGUGGAGAGCGUCAUUACGAGCGGCAUCUUCUCCACGCUGAACAUUUACAACACACUCAUCAUCGGUCGACUCAUCUUGACGUGGUUCCCGAAUCCACCGAGGCAGCUCGCGUACCCCCUGGCGACGCUUUGCGACCCGUACCUCAACCUGUUCAGAGGCAUCAUCCCGCCCCUUGGCGGGAUCGAUCUCUCCCCCAUCUUGGCAUUCACCGUCCUUAACGUGUUCCAGGGCACCGCUGCGGCAUUGCCGUGCGAAUACGACGAGAAGACGGGAGAAGUAAUCCUGCCGAACAAAACGCGCAGUGUCGUGAAGGCGAAGGACGUGACGGUUGCUCGAAAAUAG